AGCCUAAUAAAACACUUGAAUUCUUCAAAAAACCCCUAUCGUCCAAUAUCAAUAUUCAGUCACCAUGUCCUACAAAGCCAUCCUCGUCCUCCUCACAGCCCUCACCGCACCCAUCCUAGCCCGCCCACCAGACGUCACCUUUCUCUGCAACGAAAUGCCCGAAAUCUGCACAAACAUGUGCUGGGCCGUCCGCUGCGCCCAGCCCUCCUUCUCGCAAGUCCUCACCCUCGAGCCCAGCAGCUACGGGCCCGGCGCCCAAAACGAGAGCACCGCCAUCUCGGCCAGCUGCCGCAUCAACAACCUGUGCGGCAACCUCCACGGCCUCAACAAGACGGGCCAUCGCGGCCAUCCGUACAGCGCCUGCAACGCCUACCCGUUCUCCAUUUCCACCGAGGAAAGCCCUCUUCCUCCCUCGGCGAUCCCCUCUGCCUCCCAGGUCUCGAGGUGUGUUCCCGAAGAAGAGCAGUGCGAGCAACGCACCCAACUCGAGCUCCUCGCGCAACGACUACAGAAGCAACAGCAGCAGCAAGGCGGACAACAACAAGGCCCACGCCAGCUCUCCAUCAACUUUGGCAACCCUGGAGGCAUCAAGUACUGCAACAACGACCCUUGCGUCAACGAUGGGUUCGAAGUCCAAAACAGUUCCAUUAGGAGGCGAUCCGAGGCGCCGCUGUUCAAAUACUACAAGACCAGGUCUGGCAUAAUCAUAGCUUCGCUCGACGACAUUGACAUGCCGUCUGCUAUUACUCGUCGCGUGGGCAGUGGCGAAUCGAUCCCUGAUGGAUUUCGCACUUGGUUCGAACAGUCGCGCGAGGUGAGGGUACACAUGGUGGAGGAUGCCAUCACGCAGCGUCUAUCCGCCCAACCAUUCGUGGUAUAA